GCAACGAUGAGAUGCGCGCGAUGAGCUCGUUGACAACAAUCUCGCAAACUGAUCUGUACAAGCCACUAGCAAAGACAGAGAAACAUAAUAUUGCACUGGAAGGGGGAAUGACAUUUUUAACAUGAAGACCUGAAAAAAAUAAACCAUGUCGAGGAAAAAGGCGACCAAAGGGAAGGGACCUACUGCUUCUCCAAGCAACGGCAAAGAGGAGAAGAGAAGGAAAAGCAGUGCAGGAGCAGCGAUUCAGUCUAAUGGAGUUCUUCUCCCAAGCCGACCAUCUCUAAGCAAUAGUGGAGAAUUUUAUGAUAUAUCAUUUAAGGUGAUGCUGGUUGGAGACUCUGGGGUUGGAAAGACUUGCCUGCUUGUUCGUUUCAAAGAUGGGGCAUUCCUUGCUGGAAGCUUCAUUUCAACUGUUGGCAUUGACUUUAGGAAUAAAGUGCUGAACAUCGAUGGAGUGAAGGUUAAACUACAGAUCUGGGACACAGCCGGGCAAGAAAGGUUCAGAAGUGUGACACAUGCCUACUACCGAGACGCUCACGCUCUCCUUUUGUUGUAUGAUGUGACAAACAAAGCAUCAUUUGACAAUAUUCAGGCCUGGCUCACAGAAAUCCAUGAGUUUGCCAAGGAAGAUGUGGUACUUAUACUACUGGGUAACAAGGCUGAUGCCACACAUGAGAGAGUUGUAAAGAGAGAGGAAGGUGAAAAGCUGGCCAAGGAGUUUGGGGUUCCCUUCAUUGAAACCAGUGCAAAAUCUGGCCUAAAUGUGGAACUGGCCUUUACUGCUGUGGCAAAAGAGUUGAAGCACAGAGAGAUGAAGGAGCCAUGUAAUCCAAAGUUCCAGCUGCAGGAAUACGUUAACAAGGAGAUGAAGGGAGCUGGCUGCUGUCACUCCUAAAAUGUGUUUGUGUGUGUGUGUUUGUGUGUGUUUGUGUGUGUGUGUGUGUGUGUGUGUGUGUGUGUGUGUGUGUGUGUGUGUGUGUGUGCGCGCGCAGUACGUCACACCCCGGCUUCUCUACUGCUCACAGACCUUACAUAAAUUAGUUGUCUGUUACUGAGGUCUGGUCUACUACAAUCUUCAGAGUAACUAAAUUGCUUUGCAAGUUCCACAGUUCACUGUAGUAAAAUCAGUUAAACUAAAUAGCACAUUACACAACAGAGCUAGAUGACAUUAUGUAAUCUUCUAAGCAUAACCACAUUACUUACAAGUUAAAUUAUUGCCGCCUUCUACAUUUCCUUUUUUGUGCAGCAGUGAAUGUAUUUCCUACACAUUCUUUGUUCAACUAUUAAACACACACACAGUCUUACCCUGCUACCUUACAUCUUCACAUCUAUUUUUAUGAUCUCAUCGUUUGUGUGAGAUCGCAUCUGUGCUUUUUGUUGUCAGUUUUGGCAACAAAAAAUUGUUAAUGUAUGUAUUGUACAUAGUUCAAACCAAAAUCUAUUGCAUUUGAAGUUUGCAUUAAAUGUAAAUUGGUGGUUUGUUAAUGUUAUGUCCUGUAACCCUAAAACAGAUUAGUAAAAUGUAGUCGCAUUAUUUACUGUUAAAAAUGGCUAAAUGUAACUUUAUGUAAUGGUACUUUGUUAUGUAAUGUAAAAUGUGUUGUACAGAAAAUGUAAGUAUUUUAAUUAGUACCUUACGGAGUACUUUUCCUAUAUUUUACUAGGCGCUGCUGCUUCAUUAUUCAAAUGUGUACCAAUUUUGCUUGGAAAGACUUUGGGAAAGAAAACAAUAUUAGCACUUUUUUGGAGGGAAGUUUAAGUUAAAAUGUUUUAUUUAACACUUAACCCUUAAAAAAACAACUAAGAUCUAUAUGAUGCCUGAUUUAUGCAUACAGGAAUCUUUGAUUAUCCUUGCCUUUUCACAGUAUUUUCACAGUAUUUUCAAACUUCAGUGAUUAAAAAAUCCCUGUUUGGGGUUGUUUUGACCCUAGUUAACCAUUGCAGUCCAUAAAGGAAUAACUAAAUGGUUAUUCCAUUUUUUGUUGUAUUUGUGGGUUCCAGCACAGCAAAAUUGAAAUGGUGUUGAUUAAAGCAGAAAUGCAAGGAUUCACAGCAGUUUAAAUACACGGCCCUCCAUAAACCGCUGGACGGCUGCCCACUCUAUUUUUGGCCAGUCAUUAGUUCAUGCUGGCUCCACCAGCAUGGUCAGAGAGUUCUUUGCAAUGAAGCAGAACUGUUGAAAAGCUCAAAAACAACAGGCCAGGUUUCAGUUUGCUGUUUAAAAAAACGACUACAAAAUGGUCACUGUUCAUUUUCUUGCAGACUGCUCUGUUAUGCUAUACAGUAUCUUCCAAAAUUAUCAGUGUCCUCACCAACUAUGAGCAAAAAAAGUUUUUUUUUCUCAGAUUUAUAUUGCACUGCAAAUUUGAGAGACAUCUUACCCUUCAGAAAGAUAUCAUUAUUUAAAGUAGAAAAUAUAGUCCUUCCCUCCAAACAUUUCAGAGUCCUUAUUGCUAGCUUAUGGACUUCAGUGUUCAGCUCCCCACAGAGGACUUCAGCAGGGCUUACAUCAGGCCUGGGACUUCACUUCUCAAGUUUGGGUUCUGUGGCCAGUGUACCAUUUCUUGUGUGGGUUUACACCCAUAGCCUUCCUGACUGAGGCAGCCAGAUUUUAGUUGAUAUGAGUGUCCAAUGACAGAGGCAUAGAGGCCUGUUACAACAUUGUAAUUCAGUCACAGAUCCACCACACUUUCAGGGGAUUACAGAGAAUUCAUGUCAAUAUGACCUUGAGGUUAAAGGCACCUUCUCUGAUUUGCCUCAUCUGACUAGAACUCAAGUCCAAUCAAAGGUACAGUGAUGUUUCUGAAAGUCCUGAUGCCUUGUUUGAGGUCUGAGGAUAGCAGAAGCUUUCUGGUAAGCCUCCCAAGGAAUAUGUUGGCAUAGAGGUGGUUAUCUAAUUGCAGCUUUUGGGGAUCUCUUGAGGCCACCAUGCAGCCGACUCCUGCAGCUGUCCAACAGUGAUACAUGGAGAAAUUUUCACCUCUCGAACCAUUCUCAUUUGGAUUUCCCCCAUGUGCUUGAUGUGCGUGUCUCUCAUUAUCAAUAUUCUGGUGAAACAAGAAGUCAUUGAUAACAAAGGGUUCUUCACAGGUAAAAACAUUUGAAGAAUGUAUAAUGCAUCUUAUAAUUUGACCGUGCAAAUUUGGUGCCAGUAAGUGACAUAAUUGAGUCUCAAGUAUUGAUUGAUUUAUUUUUUUUAAUAAGACCAUUUAUGUCCUAGAAAAAUGUUUGGUUCAAUUUCUUAUAUUUUCAGUGUAUGGUUGAGAUGAUGAACAGCAGAGAUCUUUUUCUUUAGUUUUUGUUCAUGUAUACAAAGAAUGCCAGUCAUUCUUUAGAAAAUGUAUUUAACAAGUUGUCAAAUAUAGAAAAUGUACACAAUUUUAGUAAAGGUAAGUUUAACAUGUUAAAAUGUAUGUAUGUUAACCUCCUUAAAAAAUUGUUUUUCAAGGUUUUUACAAGCCUUGUACAGUAUUCACAAUAAAGAUACA